GUAGGAGACAUUCAUCGGUCAGUAACGGCACAGCUUCUCAAUUCACGAAAACAAUUCGUCGGCAGGACAAAGUAACAAACCUUGGAUAAUCUUCAGGGAGGGCUGGAAUCUCGGAUUGAUGGCCUGUCGCUCGAGAACCUCGGCGGCUAAGCCCUCGCGGAUCUUCUUGGCGAUAGCCGUGCCAUCAAUCUUGGUGGCGGCCAUGGCUGCGUGAGAUGUCGAAAAGAACCUAGAGAACCGACUGGCACAUGAACUGAGGGCAAUGGGAUUUCCGUUUUUCUUGAGGGCCGGAGUUGACAAAGAGGAGAGGUUGAGUGCCUUGGCUAUGGUGGGUUUGGUACGAGUGGAUGUGAUGUGGGAGCGCGGGGUGAAAGUGGAAGUGGGCGGACAGCAAUUGGCGGUGGGGCACCGGUCAUGCCCGGGAAUUGCUGGAAUGGUUAGGCUUCUAGCCCGUGACAAUCCCCGCCGGCUUGAGGGAAGGCUAACGGUGUGGUGCUGCAGGUCCAGACUUAAUUGUCCACCGAGGCUGACAGUCGCAAAUCCAUCCAAUCCUGUUGGCGCUGUGGCUAAGCUCGUCGACAUCGGCCUCAACCUCGUCCUAUCUAUACGAGAAGACCGAGACAGGUUGAGUACCGGAGACGAGUUUGUCCGUCCUAAUUGGAGUAUCGAAUUGCGAGAGUUCGUGAGCGAGAGCUGCCGGGAUGCCAUUCUGAUGAUCUGGCGAUUCAAACCACCAGGGAAACUGGAGAGAAUGUGUUUGUUUGUCUUCUGUAUCCGUGGCUGAUCUUGAUCUUGAUCUUGAUAUUGGUCUUCUUUUUCUUUUCUUCUUCUCUUUCUUUUCGGACGCUGCAACCACGCCUUCUCCCAACUCACUUCCGAAAGUGAAUUCUGCCCAAGAACAUGCGAUGAGUCUUCGGACUAGAGAUGGGCAUACAUUGGUCGGCGGCGGCGAACU